AUGGAGAGCAGCAACGGUGGCACCGCCAAGCGAGCAUCGAAGAAGAAAGCCGCCAGGCGGGCCACUAGUACUGCCAUUGAUGAAGAGCAGGACCCCGAGGGAGCCCGCCAGCAGCAGGAGGAAGAGGAGGUGCGCCGUCUGCAGCAGCUGCGGCUCGAGCGGGCCGAGAUGGGCCGCGACCAACGCGACGAGGACAACCGACCGCGGGCGCGCGAGGAGCGGAAGAAGUGCCUGGCCUACUGCACGGCCGACGCCUACGUGCUGCACAAGCUCUACCGGGCGCUGCGCGCCGACGACGUGAUCGCCUCCGAGUGGAAGAUCUCCUACAUCCGACGCGACCGCAAGUACAUCCGGCUCCGGUGCCUGGACGACAGCGAGAUCUACAUCUUCCCGUUCGGCUCGUUCGUGUGCUGGGACGUGGACGACGCCGACUUCAUCCGCGUGCGGCAGCUCAUCCGCGCGUGCGAGCGGGGCGAGCGCACAGAGCUGUACGAGGACUUUGACUUUGUCUACGGGAGCGACACGGCGGUCGACCCCGAGGACGACGAGCUCAUUCUCAAGGAGGACGACUCGACGGCCAAGUGGCCGGUCUCGUUCGCGCUCGCGCAGUCGAUCAAGCUGGACUACUUCGAGAAGGAGGUCAAGGACACCUUCCAGGAGAUGCAGGCCCUGUCGCACUACCUCGCCCGCAACGGCAGCAUCCCGCUCGGCCCCAAGAAGAUCGUCCAGGAGAUGGGCAAGAUCAUGGAGCUCCUCGUCAACGUCAACCUCGGCGAGACCGACUUCGUGUCCGACAUCCCCGACGAGUUCUGGGAGGACACCGAGUCGGCCAACACCUGGAAGAUCUUCAACAGCCACCUCGGCGUCAAGAACCGCGCCAAGGUGCUGGACUCGCAGUUGAAGAUGUUUAAUGACUUCUAUUCUAUGCUGAGCUCGGAAGUGCACGUGAAGAAGUCGACCAGGCUCGAGUGGGCCAUCAUCUUCCUCAUCUCCAUCGAGGUCGUGUUUGGCGUCGCCGACCACUCCGACUGGCUCGCCUCCUUCAUCCCAUAA